AUGUCAUUUUGUGUAAAUGCUGAUGAAUAUUUGCCUGCAGAACUAUUUCAAGUGAAAGUGCCAAAAUCAUCAAAAGAAAAUCGGAAAUUGAAGUAUGGCCAUGUGGAAGAUGAUAAUAUGGAAAUUGCUUAUUUGAAUUUUCCGUAUCUUCGAGCGAGUUUCAUUUUUACGAUUAUUUCGUUAACUGCGUUUAGUGGUGAGUUAAAAAAACUUAUGUCAUCGAGAAAGAAAUGAGAGUUUCAAUUUUAGCUGCAAUUAUUUCGGCACUUCAAACUGAUUAUCGUCCAUAUACUGAAGAAGAAUUAGUCGACAAUUCGCUAAUUGUCAGAUAUGGUGGAAAACCCUUCAGAUGUUCAGUGAGUUGAAAUAUUUUCAUUUUAAAGAUUGAUGUGCAAAAUAUAAAUAAUCCUUCUAAAACAAGCAUUCCGAAUUGUGAAAAUUAAUGCACAGAAGAAUGAUAGUUGAAAUGUUUUUUUCAAAAACUACUUUAAAAUUCUCUCACAACAAAAAAAUAUGUAUUCCAGACAUUGCUGAGAUUCCCAUUUGAUGGUUUAUUAUCAAUAAUAAAUAUGAUGGAGAUAAAUGUUUGGGCAAAUGUAUUUUUCCGAUUCUCAACUACUCUCACAAUUGCAGUUCGAGUUUUGCAAAGUAUUAUUUUCAAAAAUAUUCUUCUCAAUGAGCAAUUCAAGCACGCAAAAAGCUCAUUGAUUCGAUGGUUCUCUGAACUUCAUCCAUUGAUUACUGCAUUGGAAACCCUUUCUUUAGCUCUUUUCAGUAUUAUAACAAUGCAUAGUGAUUUUAGAGGUUUGUUUGAUAACAUCAAGUACGUUUAUUUUUCCACAUCACUGCAUUCCAGAUGCAAAUCAGUUUUGUAAGUCAGUUUUUGCAAUUUCCUCUUCAAUCAACUUGUUCGUCGUAACAUCUUUAUAUUUGUUGAUUUUUGUUGGAAAUCCAACUGUACAGAAUGGUUUUCUUCUCUCUGUGCGUGGUUUAUGUUCUGUGAUCUUUGGUUAUUAUGCCCCACAAUACUUUCAAUUUCAUAUCGGAUGGACAAAAACGUCACUUUGCCAUUCUUACAGUCAGUUUUUCUUUAUUGCAUUUUGUUUCGAUGAACGUAGCCAAGACAAGAUAAUGUUAUUUUGGAACUUAUAUGUUCAUUUUUCAGUUCCUCGCGAAUAUGCUUUAAUGGAAUAUUCAUUGAUAAUAUCAUAUAUGGUUUUUCAUCUUCUUUCUCUUGUUGAUUUAUCCAAUCUCAAUUUUAUUUGUAUUCCACGAACAUGUAGUGGAGAAACAGAACCACUGAAGCCAGAGAAUUUCGAAAAAGGUGCAAAAUAUGAACAUUGUCGAGCAUACGAGUAUAAUCAACAACGGUUACAUCAAACCUAUAUCACUUAUUGUGGAAAUACAAAAACAGAUUUUGUAAAAUUGUAA